UUCCCCGUGGCGCUGAUGCUGGCCUGGCUUGGCUCUCGCUGCCCUGCGAGCUCUUCCGCCCUGGCUGCUGAAGGCCCCUUCCCGCCAUCUAAUGAUACACUCUGCAUGCGCUUCUGUUGAGAAUUUGUGGCUAGACAUUCCUGUGGGACCGAGAAUCCAAAUUCUUGGGUACAAACAGAAACUUACUUUCCUUGGGGAGGAUUUUUUUUCUCUCUCGCUCACACACACUCUCGCGUUCUUUCCUUUUUCUUUUUUGUAGCAGUAGGGGGGGAAGAGGCAAAACAAAACAAAAACAAACAAAAAGCAACACACCACCACCCCUUUAUGUUCAAAAGUAGCUAGGAAAAAAUAUAGCAGCAGCCAACCAAGGCAAUCCCAACCCAUCCCCCCAAAGGGUCGAGUUCUCGCCUUCCUCAGCGCGGGGCAUGGCAUCAAACAGCAUCUUCGAUUCCUUCCCGACCUACACGCCGACCUUCAUCCGCGACCCGAGCACCAGCCGCCGCUUCACACCUCCCUCCACGGCCUUCCCCUGCGGCGGCGGCGGCGGCGGCGGCAAGAUGGGCGAGAACAGCGGGACGCUGAGCGCUCAGGCGGCCGUGGGGCCCGGGGGGCGCACCCGGCCCGAAGUGCGCUCGAUGGUGGACGUGCUGGCGGACCACGCGGGCGAGCUGGUGCGCACCGACAGCCCCAACUUCCUCUGCUCCGUGCUGCCCUCGCACUGGCGCUGCAACAAGACGCUGCCUGUCGCCUUUAAAGUGGUGGCGCUGGGGGAGGUGCCAGAUGGAACGGUUGUGACUGUGAUGGCCGGCAACGAUGAAAACUACUCUGCUGAACUGCGCAACGCCUCCGCCGUCAUGAAGAACCAAGUGGCCAGGUUCAACGACCUUCGCUUCGUGGGCCGCAGUGGGCGAGGGAAGAGCUUCACACUGACCAUCACCGUGUUCACCAACCCCACCCAAGUGGCCACCUACCACCGAGCCAUCAAGGUGACUGUGGACGGACCCCGGGAGCCCAGACGGCACCGGCAGAAGCUGGAGGACCAGACCAAGGCAUUCUCCGAACGCUUUGGGGACCUGGAACGCGUGCGCAUGCGGGUGACACCGAGCAUGCCCAGCCCCCGAGGCUCACUCAGCACGACAAGCCACUUCAACAGCCAGGCCCAGACCCCCAUCCAAGGCACCUCGGACCUGAACCCCUUCUCCGAUCCCCGCCAGUUCGACCGCUCCUUCCCAGCGCUGCAGACCCUCACGGAGAGCCGCUUCCCGGACCCCAGGAUGCAUUACCCGGGGGCCAUGUCGGCCGCCUUCCCCUACAGCGCCACGCCCUCGGGCACCAGCAUCAGCAGCCUCAGCGUGGCCAGCAUGCCGGCCACCAGCCGCUUCCACCACACCUACCUCCCGCCGCCCUACCCCGGGGCCCCGCAGAACCAGAGCGGGCCCUUCCAGGCCAACCCGUCCCCUUACCACCUCUACUACGGCGCAUCCUCUGGCUCCUACCAGUUCUCCAUGGUGGCCGGCAGCAGCGGUGGGGGCGACCGCUCGCCCACCCGCAUGCUGGCCUCCUGUACCAGCAGUGCCGCCUCCGUGGCCGCCGGCAACCUCAUGAACCCCAGCCUGGGCGGCCAGAGUGACGGCGUGGAGGCCGACGGCAGCCACAGCAACUCACCCACCGCCUUGAGCACGCCGGGCCGCAUGGACGAGGCCGUGUGGCGGCCCUACUGACCUCCCGGGUCGACGAGGACUGCUCCCAGUGGAAGCGGGGACCCCAGGAACCUCCCCGGCAAGUGGCCAGCCCAGCUGCAAGGCUCGGGGCGGUCACGGGCCCAGAGCUGGCAAUGGCUCCGAGAGCAUCCAGUCCAGCCACACGUCUUUGUACAGAGGGGUGGGGCAGCCCCAGCCCACGUCUUAGCCAUCUCUCCCCACUUUUCUCGGGCAAAGUACCUUCCUUGCCACCUCCCCUGGUGACCUCGCUGUCCCCAGCGAGGCCCAAGGUUGCCAUAGGGCCCACAUGAUUUGUCCUCUUACCACAGGGCCCUGGAAAGACUUCCCCACCCCCACUUUCCUCAGACACCCACUGGCCUAGCCCUUCCCCCUCAUUUAUACAAACUGAGGCAGAACUGGAAAGUCCACCCCACCCUGAGAGGGGGCUCCUUCGUUGUGAACGUGGGCAAAGGGCCCAUCCAGAAUUCCCAAAAAUAUCACUGGCAGAGGUGGGAUGAAAGCACCCCUACCUGGUCCCCCCCACAAUUGCUAACAGCUUUGAAGCCCCUGUCCCUACCUAGCUGCCCUGGGGGUCCCGGGCCCUGGAGUAGGCUAGCCUGUGGCGGCAGCUCCCUAAAACCGGGGAUGGCACCAGCAGACGGGCCUCCAAGCACUUUACCAGCCCAAGGCAUUCACCCGCUGUUCUCAUGGUGGGGGCCAAGGACCCCUCACCCCAUGCUGGUCUCAAAGCUGCAAUUUUUGGAGAGAGCGUGGGGGCCGGACAGGAACUAGCAGGAAAAGCUGGGGCCUGAUGAGAGCUUACCUGUCCCACCCGGGUCCCGCCAAGCUGUGUACGUCCGAACCGCACAGUGCGCCUUCCAGCCUCUCGCCGACAGCCCCUCACCUUGAGCCAAUCUGGUCCAAAAGCCAUCUUGAACAAAAAGCAGUUUUUAAAGCUGGUUUUAAAAAACAAA